CUAUGUAGAGAUUGUUUGUUAACUUCUGCCAUAACAUGUCAUAGUUUAAUAUAUUUUAUGUAAGAUAAGAAUAUGUAAGAUAAUGCACUAUUCAAAACAACUUCUGUGCCAGUUCAAAUAUUUAAUUGAGAAAAACAAUGUUUUAAAUACAUAGAGCCAUAUUAUGUACAGUAAUCGAGCAUCAUCAGUUCCCAACAUGGUUCAGGUGUUGUGUAAUUCAGUAAACUGAACAGAGUGGGCCACCAUAUUUAGUUUCCUGUUUCAGCAAUCCCCUAAAAUAGCUCUACUGCGAUUGCGUUUGCACACAGGCGCCAUAUUAAGCCUUGAAAACCUCUAUGCAUGAUCUACCAAAGAAAAAAAGGCUGGAUUUAUCCUCCAUCCACCAUGGAAUGACAUGGCCUUGGCUGGGAUUGUGAGUCAGGAUUAGCAUGAUAGUCUAGAAAAGUUCCAAAUGCAACAUUUUAACUGCAUUCAAAUUGCAGCUGAAGAGGCAUACAAAACUUUUAAGUCCUACAAGUAUUAGGGUAUUCUACCUAAAUGAGAACAUGGCUAAUGUAUGGCAGUUUAUAGUUGUGGCAUUAAUGUACUUUUGCACAUUGCUGAAAAGAAGUUUAGAACAGAUACAGAGAUGUUUGUGCUUCAAAAGUAGUUUAAACUGGGUUCAGUUCAGACAGGCAGAUUCUGAUGCUGUAGAAGAGAAGUCUGAUAACAUACAGGCAGACGUCUGGAGAACAAAUCAAGAGUACAGGACCUAUCGGAACCAGAGCAAUGGAUCAAUGGUAAUGGUGCAAACCAGCACACAUACUUUCCAUGUGAGUAUCUACAUAGGCAUACACCUAAACCACAGACUGUGUAACAACCCUGGCCCACAAACACAUGAUGUCAUGCUUUUCGGCACUUACUUCCAGGUGGAUCUGGAGAAGCUUGCAGACUGCAGCGAGUAUUUCAAGGCUCUGUCUCACUCCUGCAUGAGAGAGACAUCCGAACAGCUGGUACACCUUGACCAUGUUCCCUCUAUAGUCUUCCACAACCUUCUACAAUUCUGCUUCCUACAGCAGUUCUGCAUUUCUGAAGACCUCCUUGGGGAACACCUACGGGUGAGCACUUACCUGCUUGCUUCCGGGUUCACCAAUCGUCUACUGAUUGCCCUCUCUCAGGUUCUAACAGAGCACACCUGCUUAGGCUAUCUACAGCUGGCUGAGGAACUCUGCAGUGAGGAGCUCCAAGAGACUGUGCUAACAUACCUGAGCAAGUAUCUAUUGGAGCGUUCACACCUGUGCCAGGGCUUGGAUCCGCACCUUAAAACUAAGCUUCUCAGAUUAAGGUCAAAGGGAACUCCACACUUAUGCUGCUUGAGAAAGGAGAACUUGACCUCAAGGAAUGACCCAGAAACAGAUGCUGCUCGAAAGCUCUUCAGGCUGGAGGAAGACCAGGAUUAUCGGAAAUGGAGUUCUCUCACAGAUCUGCCUUUUUGUGCAGAUAAGUGGUGCUUUACCACAGCGGUUCUCUAUAAUUACCUUUAUCUCAUAGGGGGUUAUAGACACCGUGUAAAGAAGGGUUAUGAGUUCAAGAUGGCUUCCUUCCGCUACAACCCUUUUACCAAUCAAUGGGUAUCAACAGCUCCUCUAAUUAAGCACAGGCGUCACUUCAGUGCAGCUGUGUGUGAGGGGAGAAUCUUUGCUGUGGGCGGCUGGUAUCUGGAUUCCCUUGUGACUCCUGACUCUAGCACAGGCGUCUACACUGCUGUAGAGAGGUACGAUCCAUGGAAGGACACCUGGGAAUUUGUUUCCUCUCUCCCUCUGACAGACUUCCAGUUCAGCCUGUCCCUUUCCCAUGAUUCCCCACUCACAACCAGCCUGGGACACUGCCUCUAUGUACUGGGGAACAUCCAGAGAACUGGAGAGAAACUGGUGUUGCGCUACGAUACUAGACAAGAUUGCUGGUGUGAGCUGCUCCCCACACUAACCCGCUCCAGUGCAGACCUCCCCAUCUUGAACUUCCUGGGUGCUGCUAAUAGUCAGUUGGUUGUAAUUGGAGGGAACAAUUCUGAAACCAUGCUGACAUCUUUCUGCGUGGACUCUCAUAAGUGGGGCCGUAUCAGAGCAAUGGAGAGAACCACUUUAAUUGGUCAGGGCACCAUUCUGCAUAAUGAGGUCUACAUGUCAGGGAUGAAGGACAAUUCUGUAAUUAAACUGAACCUGCAUUCACUGUCCCUCUGUCCUCUUCCUUCCCUUCCUGUCACCACCUGCUACGAGAGCCUUUUCCACCUCUACUUCUGACCUUCUUUUUCUUCUUGUUUUAU